AUGCUGCUGAAGCCCAAGGAGGAGACGGGUGACAGCCAAACCGGCGCCGAUGUUCGCGGUCUUCGCAAGGUCCGAGCUCAAAGUCCCUGGACAUGGCGACCACUUACGCUCAUUACGACUGCCCUCGCGCUGUUGUCGCUCUCUCUCAUCGUUCGCUCGUCCCUCAAGCUCCAGGUCGAUCCCGAAGGAUGUGUCAUGUCCAUGAUGACACCGACCUACAUCAAGCUCUCCGGUUUCGACACCGAACAUUCGCGCUUCGCCACGAAGUACUCGCUCUAUCUUUAUCGGGAAGAAGGGGUAGAUGAAUACACGAGAGAUAACAUUGGUCUAAGAGGAGCACCGGUUCUUUUCAUUCCAGGAAAUGCUGGGAGUUACAAACAAGUCCGAUCCCUCUCUUCCGAGGCCUCCCGUUAUUACCACGACGUCCUACGACAUGAUGCGAAUGCCGUCAAAGAGGGUAUCAGGUCCCUCGACUUUUUCACCAUCGAUUUCAACGAGGACCUGUCUGCCUUCCAUGGCCAAACCCUGCUGGAUCAAGCCGAAUACGUCAACGAGGCUGUCGCGUAUAUCCUCUCCUUAUACCACGACUCGCACCGACUCCGUCGCGAUCCCCGGUUACCAGACCCCAGUUCUGUCAUUCUCAUUGGACAUUCCAUGGGUGGAAUCGUCGCACGCACUGUGCUGGUGACACCCAAAUACCAGGCAAACUCAGUCAACACUAUUAUCACCAUGUCCACGCCUCAUGCUCGGCCCCCGGUCACGUUUGAUGCGGACGUGGUGUCAUUGUACCGACUGGUAAAUGAGUACUGGAGAGAAUCCUAUUUGCAACGAUGGGCCAGCAACAAUCCCUUAUGGCACACCACUUUGAUUUCCAUCGCCGGAGGAGGACGUGACACUACAGUGCCUUCUGACUACGCCAAUAUCGCGUCGCUCGUCCCCGAAAGUCAUGGCUUCACUGUCUUCAGUUCGACUAUCCCGAACGUCUGGACUUCCAUGGACCACCUCGCCAUCACCUGGGCAGACCAGAUGCGAAAAGUCAUUAUAAGGUCGUUAUAUGACGUUGUGGAUGUUCGUCGCGCCGCGCAGACGAAACCUCGAUCGGAAAGAAUGAAAAUCUUCAGGAAAUGGUUUCUGACUGGUCUCGAAGACGGCGCACCCAAGAAUCUGCAGGACUCCGCACAUGAAGUGCUUCUGACCCUGGGUAACGGCUCGAGAUCGUCCGUGGCGAAAGAUAACAGCAUUACUUUGCGCAAACUCGGAGCUCAGGAUCAGAUGUCUGCGGUCCUGCUCCCCAUCCCAGCUGUCGACAAUUUCGCCUCGAAGCGGUUUUCGCUUCUGACAGACCAACAGAUGGCUAUCCACGGUAGCUUUGAGAAAUUGGAGGUCUUAUUCUGCAGCGCAUUCCCGCUUGCAGGAGGGUUGACUUCUACGCCCUUAUCGGUCCAGUUCGAUCUCUCGACUGGUGAUCCGAGCGCGACACGGCUGGCUUGCAAAAGACCCGUCGGAGAUGGCAUCCAGCUGCCAGCCUCGACCAGAAUGUCCCAAUUUGCGUUCGAACAACAACCGCCUUUUACCUAUCUGGAGUAUGAUCUGAGAGAUCUCCAAGACUAUCAGUUUGUGGCAAUCAUCGACAAAUCCACAGAGAUCAGGAACGGGUGGGCCUACGCAGAAAUCGCCUCCACCCCAGACUCCACUGUUGCUUCUGACGUGAGUCUGCUCAUGCUUUUGCUCCGAGGACUCAACGUAGAACUUCCUCCCAGUCGCCCAGUGGUGACGGAGAUUCGGGUGCAGUCCUUGAGAUCGAGCUUGUUGGCCUUCUCUCUUCAAGUUCGACAACAUGGUUGCGGUUCAGACAAUGAACUAUUUACGCCUUUGAUCCGACAGCACAUCGACAGUCCUUACGAGUCCAAGUACUUUGUCAACAUCAAGCAAGGAGAUGUCAAUCUCCACGGAGUGGCCCCGUUCAUGCCACCCCCCCUCGAUGGUCGCGAGCAGAAAGCUGGUGUCGCUUUUCAAAUUUGGUCUGAUCCCACUUGCAAUUCCUCCUUGGAACUCCGUCUGCGAGCAGAUCCUGUUGGAAGUCUGGGUAAGCUCGUGGUCAGAUAUCGGACUGUCUUUGCCGUGUUUCCAUUGUUGGUUGUGGCUAUGGUUCUACGAAAACAAUUCCGGGUAUAUGACAAUUUAGGCGUCUUCAUAUCAUUCUCCGAGAGCUUGGACCAAAGCUUACGAUUGCCCCUACCGGUUCUGUUACUGUCAAUGACUUUCUUUGCUACUGCAUUCACAACAGCGAGUUCAGCAAAUCUUGGAUCAAACAGUCAUCUACCGAAUAAUGGAACGACCAUCAACUUCUCGCAAAACGACCUUCUCUUAGGAUCUCAGGACACAUUUUUCUGGUUCCUCGUUCCUCUGGCCGGGCUGCUUAGUAUUGGUGCCUGUGCCGUUUUGAACUACGCCGUUUUGGCAUUGCUACACGUUAUCGUCACACUCUCUCGCCUAGUGUCGCAACGCUACGUUAAGAGCGAUGACAGUGAGAAGGCAACUGCCUCUGCUUUUGUUGCAAGUACGCCGCGGCGCCGAGCAAUCAACACAGCCGUCCUUCUGUUUCUCGUCGCCACCGUUAUCCCCUAUCCAUUCGCGUAUGUGGUCGCUUGUAUUGUACAAUUUUCUACCUGUUCGCGGGCGUUACGGCAUGCCAAAGAGUCUAGAUCUGGGCCGGCACAUAAUUUCUUCAACUACACAUACUCCAUACUCAUUUUAAUGCUUUGGGUCUUGCCGAUCAACCUGCCGGUUCUGGUUGUCUGGAUCCAUAACAUGGCGGUUCACUGGUUGACACCGUUCUCCUCGCAUCAUAACGUGUUGUCCAUAAUGCCUUUUAUCCUGUUGGUCGAAACCCUUUCGAGUGGGAUGAUGGUGCCCACGGUCAGAUCCUUCAGAUGGGCGACGAAUCUAUUGUUUUUCGUUCUCGCUGUCUAUGCCGCCUUGUAUGGCAUGACUUAUGCUUACAGAUUACACUACAUUGCCAACAUCAUUGCCUUGUGGUUGGUCUUAUUACAUUUCUCAACCUACCAUCCACGAAUUCCUACCUAG